CUAAGAAUGAAAUUACUAUUGAAUAUCAACCGUGCGGACGAUACGGCUAUUAGGCCGGGAGAUGACAUUCAAGGAACGUUGAUAAUAUCAGGUAUUGCGAGCCAGAAGCAGCCUCAAUGCACAGCUACGAUUGGAGGACGAUUAAUGAUUUCGGUACCUCCUCAAGUUGCUGGCCCUAAAAUAGACAACGCAGUUUAUACGCUAUUCGAAGAAACGAAACAACUGAAUUACGAAAAUAGGUCGGGCAAAAACAACCCGGAUGAUGACGUUCUUUUUAUGCCUUUCAACUUCCGAUUUCCAUCUCAUAUAAAUUGCUCUAAGCAUCCUCAUCCAUGCCAAUUCCCUCCAUCAACGAAUGUGCAUGAAGGGAAUUCUAGGAUAAGGGUGGAAUACUACAUCACUGCAGCCGUGGACAGGCAUAUAUUUGGCGGCCUAUCCAAUAAAAAGAGAGUCGCAAAGGCGUUACAACUCAGCAGCAAUUGUUCAUCUACUACCUCACCAGCAUCAUCAUCUAUCGCCAGCCUGCCGAUAACACUACGACAGAAGGAUUACACAGAGCGUCUGCAACCUCGGCCUGAUGGUCUACCAGCAUACACGCCAUCUAUACACGUCCAAGUCGUGCAUCCUCAGCCACCAGUUUUUGUCCGAGGGCAAGCGAAUCCCAUCCGAUUCAACGUCCACAGCCCAUCCGAAGCGAUCGGGAAAAUAUUUGUUCGGAGCAUCAAUAUCAACUUCAAGACUUCCACCAUCGCAGCUGCCGGGUCAACUGCGCAACGAGUCGAUCAAGAUGCAUCGGGAGUCAAAUUACCCACUCUCAUUCCAAUCGAUUCGGAAAUACUAGAGCUCGAUACAAGCACCUGGGGGCGCCUUUCUAUGCUCAGCCUGAGACCAACAUUCGAAUCAUGUCUAAUGCAGAUAAAGCAUACGGCUGAAAUAAGUGUUGGUAUAUCAGUAGGGCCCCAGGGCAGCAUUUUUCAUACUUCGUCUCGGUUCGACAUGGUGGUGAUGGAUCCGCCGCCUUCAUAUGAAGAAAUCUAGAAACUACAUUAUCGGCAAAUAUAGAGAACGACUGCAUGGUUAGGUAUAAUUUAGAGCAAGGUGUUUUUUUUUCUUCUUUUUUUUAUGUGUGUGUGCAUUAGUACUAUAGAAGAUACCUAGCUUCGGAUCAAUGAUCGAGCCACGCUGCAGAUAGACAUCGUUAGAAAGAGAUUUGGGC